AGCAGCCUAAGUAUUCCCCCAUAGGCUAGUUCAUCCCGCCAAGGAGAAACACACGAUGGGUAUUAUUGCUCGACUUGCUACGGUGGCGACCGUCCUCGCCGGCCGUGGUCUCACAGCUCCGGCUUCCGCGAAAGACCAGUAUUGUGAUACGUCGAGCGGUGUCUGCUAUUCUGAAGUCACAGUUGGUGUAGCUCCGAUCACUUGGCGGAUCGCCAUUCCCGCCGUAGGGGAAGGCCCCUUUGAUGUCCUGCUCCAGAUAGUGGCGCCGAAGACAGUCGGCUGGGCGGGCCUUGCUUGGGGCGGUGGGAUGCUGUACAAUCCUAUCUCCAUAGGGUGGGCAAACGGGAACUCCACUGUUGGAUCUAGUGCCCACAUCCAACCGGACUACUACGAGGCGGCGAAUCAUACUGUUCUCAAAGGGUCAACGGUGAAUGAAACUCACUGGACUCUGACCACGCUUUGUCAGGGAUGCAGUACGUGGAUCCACAACGGUGGUUCCAAGGAGAUCCUCGACCCCGGCGCGACAGCUGCAAGCUUUGCGUAUGCUGCGUCGGCGAUACCCCCGAUUGACAUUACUGACCCUGGAUCUCCCAUCGGUAUCCACUCCGAGCACGGUAUCUUUACCAUAGAUCUGUCGGCCGCGAAGUCCACCCAGUUUGACUCGUGGGUUGCGAGGUUGCGCUAGACCCAUUGACUUACGCCACUCCACCGCGAUACUGGCGGCCUCGACGCCGUGGGCAUGUACGAUAAAACACACUGACGGUACAUCGAUGGAUAUAGUAGAUGUGUCCCAGGACAAUGUGAUGAUAAGGGCUUGUACAUACGUUCUUUUGGGCCAAGUUCAAGAUUAGGAGUCGAUAUACGAUGUUGUUAAGAUAAGAUGAAUGAUGAUAGCUUUCCGAUUUGGAUAUUAACUUCUUU